AUGCGCUGCCUUCUUCUGUGUCUGCUGUUGGCCAAAGUGGCUAAAGGAUCUGGGAGCGACUGCGAGGCACCACCACGCGAGGUGCCGGAUGCUGCCUCCCUGGUGCAGGUCCAAAGGCAGAGUGCGAGCGGGCAGGAGGCCCGCAAGUCUUGCCUCUCUUUCAUCCACAUCCCGAAGAGCAUGGGCGGCUCUGUCGAGGGCUCCAUGAUGAAGGCCCAGGGCUACGAGGGCUACUGGGACUAUCCGGGUUGUGCCAGUGCAGCCCGAGAGCACCUUGCGGAGGAGAAACGCUUCUGGGGCAUCUGCGAUGAUCGUCUCAAGUGCUCGGAACCGAGGUUCUGGCCGCGGCCAAAAGAGCAGAAAGAGCAGAAUGAGAAGAAUCCUUGGCCGAAGUGUAUGCUUCCCAGCAGCCUCCCGGCGAGCGCGCCGGAGAGCAUCCGCAACCUUGCGCUGAGAGCCGGCUGCAGCCCCUGGCAUCUUCCUCCUGCCUUCGACCCGAGCCUGGUGAGGUACUUCACGGAGGAGUGCGAUUCCUUCUGCAUCGUGCGAGAUCCCCUUGAGAGGAUGAUCAGCCAGCUGAAGUUUGUCUUCAAGUUGGAUCAGGUCUGCGAGCCGCAGAAGCUCGAGGACCUGACAAGGAUGUUCGUGGACAAGCUUGACCUCAAGCAAGAUUGCCAUGCAGUGCCUCAAGUCUACUACGUGUUCCAAGAUGGCAAUCCGAAAGCAGCACCUAUCUGUCGCCAUGUCUUGAAGUUCCACGAGGUGAACCAGAGCUUUCCGGCGCUGAUGGAGAGCUACGGCCUCCAAGAGGCCCGGGGCACUUGGGGCCCUCCAGAUUUUGAUGCAGCUGAAGAGCACUUGAGUCAGCUGAUAGGCGUCGCCGAGCUUUGGCUGCCCACGCAGGGCCCGACCAGGUGCCUCGCGCCGCAGCUGAGAUGCUCCGGGCACGCCAAGUGCGCCGGGUGGGGUCGGCGGCAGUUUGCUGCGAACGCUGCCGAGGCAUCAGCGCGCCCUCCAUGGCAGAAAUGGGAGGAGCACUGGCCGUCAGAGAAAGUCCAGGAGGGUCUCUGCAGUGGGCAGGUGAUCCGGGGCAGGUUGCACGUGCCUUCAUUUCAGACAGACACCGCCUACGUGGUGACGGAGGCAUCAGCGGAGUCCCGCGAGGUCUGGGUGCCCGUGACGGGCUUCGUGGGUCGCAACCGCGCCCUGCACGGCGACGAGGUGGCGGCGCUGCCACUUUGGAGCCCUUACCGAGCAGACGGUACGAAGAGCGAACCAGGGCCCUCGGUGCCGGAGCCACCACCGAUACCUGCCCCCCCCCCUUCAUCGCCUCCGCCACCGGAGCAGAGCUCGGCAUCAGAGUCGCCGGGCUCGGCACAGCUCGCGAGUUUCCGCGAGGCGGUGCUGUCGCAUCUGCGGGAUAGUGAAGAGCAGGCCCUUCCUUUGACCAUGCUGGGAAACAUCGAGGAGGUGCAGACCCUGCGCAAGGGUCUCGGAAACCUCCGCAAAGCCCUUCAGAAGCUGGAGGACGACGUCGAGCUCUUAGAGGAGGGCGCUCCUCCUGAGCUGGUCGUGAGGCUGCGCCCAGUGCAGCCGCCGGAGCUUCCGCCGCCUCCCCCUCCGCCACCAGCACAAGGUGAGCAGCUGAGCCUGUCGCGUGCUCGCUGCCGCGUGGUCGCAAUCCUUGAACGCUCGCCGAAGAUCUUCAAAGAGAUCGUCGCUGUGGUGUCGACGGGCAAAGACGAAGGAACACCGCUCGCGGAGGAGCCACCGCUCAAGGGCCAGCCCCGCGACCGGCGGCUGCCGGCCUUUUGGCUGACGCACCCCCAAAAGGGCUCGGAGACAAGGACGGAAGCCGCGACGAUCCGAGAAGAAAGUCGCCGGCAAAAGCGUCGGAAGAUGGCGAGCGAAGCAGCCGCCGAAGCACGCGCGAAGGGCCUGUCACGCUCUGCCCUUGUCGCUGCAUUGCAGAAGGCCUCCAGCAGUAUCCUUUGCGUUCUCCGAUUCCAAGACUGGCCCAGCGCGUCCCUGUCGCCGCGUGCCGAACUGGUGGAGAUCCUUGGGCCGACGGGCAGCCUGGAAGCCGAGGCGCAGGCGCUGCUCACCUUCUUCGGCCUGGACUGGCGACCCUUUCCCGAGGAGGUUGAGCAGGAGCUGCGCAAACAGUUCCCUUCUGGGGAUGCCGUGGUUGCUGCGGAGCUCGCUGCGGGACGACGGGACCUGCGGCGGCUCCGCUGUGCGACCAUCGAUCCACCGCAUGCGAAGGACCUGGACGAUGCCUUGUCAGUCCAGCCAGGACCCACGCCAGGUUCAGUGCGAGUCGGCGUGCACAUCGCCGAUGUAACUCACUUUGUUCGGCCCGGGAGCGCCACGGACCUGCUGGCCAGGGAGCGGGCCACCACCGUCUACCUGGUAUCAAGGUCGUACCCUAUGCUUCCACGCUGGUUGAGCGAGAAUUUGUGUUCGUUGCUCCCGGACGGGGAUCGGUUGUCCUUCUCUGUUUUCUUCACGGUGCUGCCCGACGGCAGCCUGUCGCCUGACGACCCACCCGAGAUGUGCAGGGCCGUCAUCCGCACCCGGGCAAAGCUGAGCUACACAAUGGUCGACGCUGCAUUGGAGGAGACGGGCGACCCAGUUCCAGGCCUUGCGCCCGAGAUUUUGGGCGAUUUGCAAACCCUGGCAGCUAUCACCUCUGCUCGGCGCCAGCAGCGAUUGAAGCAGGGAGCCAUGGUCCUCGAGAGGAGCAGCACGUCCUUCCAGCUGGAUGACGAUGGCCGAGUGGUCGGGCUGGUGCGGGAAUCGCCGUCGUCGGUCUCACACCACCUCGUGGAAGAGCUGAUGGUCCUGGCGAACCAUGUGGUGGCCGAGAAGCUGGUGGAAGCCAGUACUAGCGUUGGGGAGGAGACGUCGGAGGCGGGCGUCCGCCAGGCAGUGCUCAGGCGGCAUGAAAACACCGAGGCCGAGGUGAAGCAGGAGGUCCUCGAGAUGCUGCCGAAGGAGCUGCGCGAGCAUGCGCCCCGGACACUCAAGGAGCUGUUGCCAUGGUGCAGUCAGAAGCUGCCGAGGGCGACCUACGAGGCUGUCUGUGACAGUGUGCUGAAGGAGUUCAAAGAGGCCGAGUACAUGGUUGCCGAGGAGGACGACAGCGAUGUCGGACACUGGGCGCUUUCCUUACCAUCGUACAUGCACUUCACAUCGCCAAUCCGCCGCUACGCGGACAUCCUGGUUCACCGCAGGCUGGCCUUUAUUCUGGGCGCCCAGGGCGACGCGGAGUCCCAGGGCAGCCACGGCGCCUUUCUGGAGUCCCUGAAGGAUGCAGUCAUCAACUGCAACACCAAGAAGCGCGAUGCCCAAGAUGCACAGAUGGAAGAGAUCCAGACUGUGCUCUCAGACUACGUCCAACGAAGCGGAGGCGUCGAUGUGGACGACGCGGUCCUCACCCGCAUCCUCGUGCCCCUGACAGCUCCCAAAGAGGAGAAGGACGGGCAGCCGCUGUCCUUCCACAAACGCCUGACCACUCGGGCGGCAAAGGAGGCUGUGGAGAUUUACGUGCCGCUGGCGCAGUGUGCUCGCUCCAUGAGUCUCGAAGUUCUCGGCUUGGAAGCUGCUGAGCCCUGGCCCGGGCCAGGACCACAGCCUACUGCCAAAGCUGCAGUCGGCGACAAGAAGCGGGAGAAACACCGCGAGGUGCAAAGCCUCCGAGUGCGUGUUCGCGGCACAUCGGAGGAGGUCCUGUUGGAAAAGCUGCAGCGGCUGAGCGUUCGCCUCACCACUGUCGGGGCACAGGACAUUGAGUCGAGCGAGACGAGCCGGCACUGGGCCAUCCGCCUUCCUUGGGCCGAGGCCAACCCGCAGAAGGGGGCGCAGGCGGGCCGCGGGGUCGACUCUUCCGGUGCAGGGACUCAGGGCGCCAUCAGGGCCAUUGAUUCCACCACCGCCGCCACCCCCGCCCCAACCUGGCAUGACACCAAAACAGCGUCAGGCCCCGAACUCAACCGCCCAGACGUUUCCGUGUCGACCAGCUCACAAGCGCUGACACAAACGAUGUGUUCUCUGAGCGGAGUGUCUCCUAUGGAGCAGUCCAAAGAAGAGAAGGUCGUAGUGCCUGCAGAAGAAGGGAAACCGGACACCGAAGAGGAGCCCUUGCACAAGCUGAAGUCCAUCGCAUGGGGAGCGGGCGCCUCGAUGCUUGCCUAUGGUGUGGUGGAAACCUUGGCGGAAGGGGAUGCGGAGAUCGCCGAGGAUGCAGUGGACUUCCUCCACUCGACCUACACCUCCGGCGUGGCCGUUUCGGGCAUCUCUUCAUUGCAGCCACACUCCGAGCAUCGCGUAGCUUUGCCUGCGGACAUGGCGAAGGGCCGCGGGCCCGUCGUGCGGAUGUUCUGCCAUUCCCUGGGCUACUUUCUGGCCGACGUUGGCCUGAUCUUGGUGAGGGGCGGCGUUUUCCGGAACUGGCCGAAGCUCUGGGCAGCUCGGCUCACGCACCACUUCAUCCAAGCCGGGCCGCAAGGGUUCGCUCCGAAACUCUCGGGGAAGAGCCUGGUUUCAUGGGUUGGAAGGUGGUUUGCAAUGACCAUUCUUACCAAGCUUCGUGUUCAUGGUUUGGUGUCGUGGUUCCUCUUUUUCGGCAAGCCUGUGGGCGAUCCUUCUCAGGGAAAGGCUGGGCUGUCUGAGUCCAAUGAGGGCUUUGGUUCUGUCAGACAUCGGGACUGGUUUCUUGCAUUGACAUUGCUAUGGGUCUUUCGCGACAGGGUGUGUUUGCACGAUAAUUUUAUGUAUGUACGUCAAUGUACGUAUGUACGCAUGUAA